AUGGCCGUCGCACGCUCAAUGCGACGCACAAGUCCCAUUACCUUGGUGCUGGCCACUUUGCUCGCCCUCGGCUUCGUCUGUUUCCUCCUGUCGCCGUCGACACCCGCGUCUGCCGCAGCCACCUCACAGUCACGUCAGCAAGACGCCGCCGAACACCCUCUCUCUCCUCCCACGAAACCCUUCCUGAAAUCGCAACCCAUCCGCAGCGAUGGAUAUAAAGCUGCCCCGCCGGUGGUACACUACGACCUCAACAACCUUACCAGCACAAGCACCGCCGCCGCCAAUGGCGAGCGGGUGCUCAUUCUCACUCCGCUCGCGCGCUUCUACCAGGAAUAUUGGGACAAUCUUGAAAAGCUGGACUAUCCUCACGAACUCAUCUCCCUAGGUUUCAUUGCCCCGAAGACCAAAGACGGGAACUCGGCCAUCUCGGCGCUCGAGAAAGCAAUCUCGAAGACCCAAUCAGGCCCAAUCGACAACCGGUUCGCAAGUAUCUCGAUCCUCCGUCAGGACUUCGAGCCGCCAUUACCGUCGCAAGAUGAGAAAGAGCGCCACAAGAUGAGUGCCCAAAAGGAGCGACGGGAAUCAAUGAGCCGUGCUCGCAACAGUCUCCUGUUCACAACUCUCGGCCCCAGCACCUCGUGGGUUCUCUGGCUGGACGCGGAUAUCGUCGAGACACCCACGUCUCUUAUCCAAGAUCUCACUCGACACAAUCAACCCGUCAUCGUCCCUAACUGUUUCCAGCGGUAUUACAAUUCCGAAGCUCGGAAAUGGGACAUCCGGCCCUACGACUAUAACUCGUGGAUCGAUAGUAACACCGCGCAAGAGCUAGCUGCAACGAUGGGUCCUGAUGAGAUUUUACUAGAGGGUUACGCUGAUAUGCCAACCUAUCGGUCGCUCAUGGCUUAUUUGCCCGACUGGAAAGCACUAGAUCCCUCCCGCAUGGUCGAGCUUGACGGAGUGGGCGGGACUGCUCUGAUGGUCAAGGCAGAUGUGCAUCGUGAUGGUGCUAUGUUCCCUGCUUUCCCGUUCUACCACCUAGUCGAAACUGAGGGAUUUGCGAAGAUGUGUCAGAGACUGGGCUAUUCGUUAUUUGGAUUGCCAGACUACUUCGUAUGUCUUACCUCUCUGCUUAUUCACCCCUCGUCCAAGGAGCCUCAACUCACCCUUCUUGCAACAGGUCUAUCAUUAUAA